GUGUUCGCCGACGCCGCGGGGGCGUGGCGCGGCCCUAGCGCACUGUAAGCAGUUGGGGGUCAUUUCCUUGAGGCCCUACUCGCUAGCCAGCGCCCACGGGGCCAGCCCUGGCUGCUGCUGGGAGCCGGGUCGUAAGGGGCAGCGGGAUGUUUCUGACGCUGCCCUGGCACAUGAGCCCUGGGUCCUUCGGGAGGGUACCGAGCCACUCGGGUCGGAUUUCGCUGUUGGGACAAAGGCCUGGCUCGUGCGCGGAGCGGGGCCACGGUCUAAGAGCAGAGCUAGCAGAGCGGCGGCCUUGCACAGGGGUUCCAGCUUGCGGUGGGAACAGAGAGCCGCAGUGGGGCGGGGCUGCCUCUGUCUGGCCCUCGGCUGCCUGCGAAACGUGGACCGGGUGAUGCCACAGGAGAAACCACCCUAGUAGUUCCGCUCCGAGGGCGGAAGUGCGCGUCUCUGUCUGUGCGGCUGACCAGUUAGCGACAUGGUGGCACCCGUGCUGGAGACUUCUCACGUGUUUUGCUGCCCAAACCGGGUGCGGGGAGUCCUGAACUGGAGCUCUGGGCCCAGAGGACUUCUGGCCUUUGGCACGUCCUGCUCCGUGGUGCUCUAUGACCCCCUGAAAAGGGUUGUUGUUACCAACUUGAAUGGUCACACCGCCCGAGUCAAUUGCAUACAGUGGAUUUGUAAACAGGAUGGCUCCCCUUCUACUGAAUUAGUUUCUGGAGGAUCUGAUAAUCAAGUGAUUCACUGGGAAAUAGAGGAUAAUCAGCUUUUAAAAGCAGUCCAUCUUCAAGGCCAUGAAGGACCUGUUUAUGCGGUGCAUGCUGUUUACCAGAGGAGGACAUCAGAUCCUGCUUUAUGUACACUGAUCGUUUCUGCAGCUGCAGAUUCUGCUGUUCGACUCUGGUCUAAAAAGGGUUCAGAAGUAAUGUGCCUUCAGACUUUAAACUUUGGAAAUGGAUUUGCUUUGGCUCUCUGCUUGUCUUUUUUGCCAAAUACUGAUGUACCAAUAUUAGCAUGUGGCGAUGAUGAUUGCAGAGUUCACGUAUUUGCUCAACAAAAUGAUCAGUUUCAGAAAGUGCUUUCUCUCUGUGGACAUGAGGAUUGGAUUAGAGGAGUGGAAUGGGCAGCCUUUGGUAGAGAUCUUUUCCUAGCAAGCUGUUCACAAGAUUGCCUGAUAAGAAUAUGGAAGCUGUAUAUAAAGUCAACAUCUUUAGAAACUCAGGAUGACGAUAACAUAAGACUGAAAGAAAAUACUUUUACCAUAGAAAAUGAAAGUGUUAAAAUAGCAUUUGCUGUUACUCUGGAGACAGUGCUAGCCGGUCAUGAAAACUGGGUAAAUGCAGUUCACUGGCAACCUGUGUUUUACAAAGAUGGUGUUCUACAGCAGCCAAUGAGAUUAUUAUCUGCUUCCAUGGAUAAAACCAUGAUUCUCUGGGCUCCAGAUGAAGAGUCAGGAGUUUGGCUAGAAGAGGUUCGAGUAGGUGAAGUAGGUGGGAAUACUUUGGGAUUUUAUGAUUGCCAGUUCAAUGAAGAUGGCUCCAUGAUCAUUGCUCAUGCUUUCCACGGAGCGUUGCACCUUUGGAAACAGAAUACAGUUAACCCAAGAGAGUGGACUCCAGAGAUUGUCAUUUCAGGACACUUUGAUGGUGUCCAAGACCUAGUCUGGGAUCCAGAAGGAGAAUUUAUUAUCACCGUUGGUACUGAUCAGACAACUAGACUUUUUGCUCCAUGGAAGAGAAAAGACCAAUCACAGGUGACUUGGCAUGAAAUUGCAAGGCCUCAGAUACAUGGAUAUGACCUGAAAUGUUUGGCAAUGAUUAAUCGGUUUCAGUUUGUAUCUGGAGCAGAUGAAAAAGUUCUUCGGGUUUUUUCUGCACCUCGGAAUUUUGUGGAAAAUUUUUGUGCCAUUACAGGACAAUCACUGAAUCAUGUGCUUUGUAAUCAAGAUAGUGAUCUUCCAGAAGGAGCCACUGUCCCUGCUUUGGGAUUAUCAAAUAAAGCUGUCUUUCAGGGAGAUAUAGCUUCUCAGCCUUCUGAUGAAGAGGAGCUGUUAACUAGUACUGGUUUUGAGUAUCAGCAGGUGGCCUUUCAGCCCUCCAUACUUACUGAGCCUCCCACUGAGGAUCAUCUUCUGCAGAAUACUUUGUGGCCUGAAGUUCAAAAACUAUAUGGGCAUGGUUAUGAAAUAUUUUGUGUUACUUGUAACAGUUCAAAGACUCUGCUUGCCUCAGCUUGUAAGGCAGCUAAGAAAGAGCAUGCAGCUAUCAUUCUUUGGAACACUACAUCUUGGAAACAGGUGCAGAAUUUAGUUUUCCACAGUUUGACAGUCACGCAGAUGGCCUUCUCACCUAAUGACAAGUUCUUACUAGCUGUUUCCAGAGAUCGAACCUGGUCAUUGUGGAAAAAGCAGGAUACAAUCUCACCUGAGUUCGAGCCAGUUUUUAGUCUUUUUGCCUUCACCAACAAAAUUACUUCUGUGCACAGUAGAAUUAUUUGGUCUUGUGAUUGGAGUCCUGAUAGCAAGUAUUUCUUCACUGGGAGUCGAGACAAAAAGGUGGUUGUCUGGGGUGAGUGCGACUCCACUGAUGACUGUAUUGAGCACAACAUUGGCCCCUGCUCCUCAGUCCUGGACGUGGGUGGGGCUGUGACAGCUGUCAGCAUCUGCCCAGCGCUCCACCCUUCUCAACGAUAUGUGGUUGCAGUAGGAUUGGAGUGUGGAAAGAUUUGCUUAUAUACCUGGAAAAAGACUGAUCAAGUUCCAGAAAUAAAUGACUGGACCCACUGUGUAGAAACAAGUCAAAGCCAAAGUCAUACACUGGCUAUCAGAAAAUUAUGCUGGAAGAAUUGCAGUGGAAAAACUGAGCAGAAGGAAGCAGAAGGUGCUGAGUGGUUACACUUUGCAAGCUGUGGUGAAGAUCACACUGUGAAGAUACACAGAAUCAAUAAAUGUGCACUGUAAUGGACUUAAUAACUACAUGCUUGCAGUCACUGGUAUCUUAAAAUAUUAUCAUGUGAACAGGUCAUCUUUACCUUCAUAACUGAACUGAGUUUCUGGGUUUUUUGUUGUUGUUGUUGUUGAGAUGGAGUCUUGCUUUGUCACAGCCUCCACCUCCCAGGUUCAAGCGAUUCUCUUUCUUCAGCCUCCUGAGUAGCUGGGACUAGAGGCACACACCACCAUGCCCAGCUAAUUUUUGUAUUUUUAGUAGAGACUGGGUUUCACCGUUGGCCAGGCUGGUCUCAAACUCCUCGUCUCAGGUGAUCUGCUUGCCUCGGCCUCCCAAAGUGCUGGGAUUACAGGCGUGAGCCACUGCGCCCAGCCUGAGUUUCAUUUUUUAAGUCACAUAGCAGUAGUCCUUAUUUCAGUGCUAGACCCUUUGAAAUGCGGUGAAAGCUAUGGACCCUUCACUUUGUUAUAUAACAUAUGCACACACACCCAGAACUUUGCACAUACGUUCAGAGAUUCCUAGAGCUGCAGACCUGCCUCUGUGUGUCCCAAUUUAAGAACCUCUGUUCUUUCUUCAUGACUGGAUUUGCCCAAUUUUGUGUUAUUUUGGGACUUCAUUUGUCCCUCUUUGGGACGUUUCCUAAUUUAUUGCCCUCUUCAGAGAGUAGACGUAGAAAAUAAAGAGAGGAAACCUAGAUUACUUAAUUUUUAUUUUAACAUUUUCUAUAGAUAGCAUACCAUGCCAAGUGUGCUCUGUCUUGAUCCCCUUCUUUCUAGCAUCUGCCAGACAUUGUAGAGUUUCGCAAGCAGUUGUAGGUUUGAGCUGCAGCCAGUCAUUUCUUUUAUUCUUUAAAAGUACAUGGAUUCGUCUUUUUAGGGCUUUACUGAAAGUAAAAUAUCCUGACAUUUAAACUGACAGAUGUAGGAGGUAAAAAAUAGAGUUCUGAAACAUUUGAAUUUAUGUGAUAGCUGAAGUCACGAGAUGAGGGAUGUAUGUCCCCCAGGGAGGAUGCAGAAAGAAGAAAAGGGUGCUGGAAACAGCAUGUCAGUUGUGCCAGCUGAGGGCUGGAGGCAGCCAGGAGAGUUGGGAGCCUGGGUGUUGGGUGGAGAGAGGUUAACAGGGAAGACAUGGGAAGUACUGUGAAGGCUGGUGUGAGCAGAGGACUACUCCAACCCUGUUGGAACAUAGAGCCAUUUGGCAGAUUGACAAUGCGGUGACAGCUCUAUAUAAUAAAUGUGUUGAAAGGA